AUGGCAGAUCCUUUGAGUAUCACUGCUUCGGUAUUGGCCGUCAUUAAUGCUGCCGUCCAAUCGACCAAGUCCCUCCACGAAGCCGUUUCACGCUUCAAAGGCCGAGACAAAACUUUAGGGAGACUUCAAGAUGAACUCUACGACCUCACGAAAAUCUUGAACUCGUUAAAGCAAGUCGCCGACGUGGAGGCGUCAAUGUUGGAUCUCUUGCAGGGUCCAGUUGACCGAUGCAGCCAAGUCUGCCACGAGUUUGAAGAAGCGAUGGAGUCUUUCUGGCGAAAGUCGAAGACAGGAUUUAGAGAUUGGGCAAAGAUGGAGUUUAUGAGAGGGAAUAUCAAUGAAUUCAUAGACAUACUAUCGGGGUAUAAAUCCACGAUCUCAAUCGGUUUAGGCACCAUCACCAUGUUUGUUUUGCCAACCUCACCUUGUCAUUUUAUUUUUGCUAACUUUUCUAUGAGACACACCGCCAAAGUCUCUCAGCAAGUUCUCCAAGAUUACAAUGAGAUGAUACAAGAUACAGUCUAUAACCUUGAAGUUUAUCUGCAACGAAUUGAUGGGAAAAUGGGACAUCUUACCAUGGACAACACAAGUGCCUCCGGCUCAAGCGUUGAUCUCAAAGACGAAAGAGAAGUGACACAACAAUGCAUCCGAAUUUGCGAGGAUGCGAAAAGUUACAUUGCUUCUUUGUCAAACCGAGAAUCAUCUCUUCUGCAAGAAGGGCCAGACAGCGACGCUAAAGUUGAUGGGCAAGGUUGCUCCGAGGCGCAGCUGCUCACACGCCAAGCCCUGGAUGAGAACCGAGAUAAUUUUGAGGUGAUUAUCGGGAAACUUCGGGAUCGCUUAGAGUCUCUUCUUCUGAGAAAUGACCCUAAUGACGAGACCGAAAGAUCACGUUUACUGGGCGAUAUCAACGCUUCUAGGCAGUGUUUGGAGAUAUGUAAGAUGGCAGACGAAGUUUCCUCUCGAAAAGUAUAUCGAAUUGGGGAGGUGAUUGCCGACGGCGACAGUGAUCAAGUAGUGGUGACUACUUUGGCUGAUUUAUUCGAUAUCAAGAAAGCGCUCUUCAAGGAUAACUCGGCACAAUUGGUUGGCUCGAUGACUGAAGAUGCACUUCGACAUUUGACCGAAAAGCGGUAUAGCAGUCGGUUCGGAGCAUUCAACCCAGUUGAAGCCGCCAGCACUAGAUCACCGCCAGUCAUCGAAACUACCAAGGGUAGUCAUGCUUUUCCCUCUCUAACGCCUCAUGAGGAGCAGCUGUCUAGACUGACGAAAAGACACAGCAGGCCGUCUUCCAACGAAGUGAGAAAACGGUCGACGCGAGAUGAAACAGAGUAA